AUGAGGCUCUUGGUGAUAUUGACACUUUCAUCUUUACAUCUCUGCCAGGUAUAUGGUGAAAGUAAAAUCUGUAAAACAUCAGAUGAAUGUGACGUAGGAGAAUGCUGUGCUAUACCACCAUUGUUUCCCAUCAUGAGUAAAAGAGCUGAAUUACUCCCUCCAAAACAGAAAGAUGGGCAUUGUAAAAAGUUCUUGGUAGAAGGAGCCUACUGCAAUUUUUUCAACAAAGCUAAUGCUGUAGACUGUGGCUGUGCUGAUGGUUUAUAUUGUCAUUUCUACCCCGAUCCAAGAAUUGGUAAACGAAAAUUGGCUCCUGGUCGACGAGUUUGUGAGAAGGAACUCAUUCUAGAAAGUACUCAACCAUCCAAAUUUUUUAGCUAA